GCUAUAUUCAAACUCGUCCUAGGGCACUCAAAGCAAGCUAGUAUCAUGAAACUCGCAUGUCGGUUGCUAAAAAGGGUUUUAAUCCUAAAUUCUCAUGUCCUUUUCCGUCUUUUACCAUUUCUACUAAUCUAGGAAAGAAAGAAAGAACCAAAAACAGAAAGCGCGUCGAUUUUGUUUUGGAUCAGAAAAAAAAAACCCCCUAUAUAAUAAGCACACCAAACUCCCCAUCACAACUAUCGAACACCACACUUCUUUCAGCUUUUCCUUUGUGUUCCUUUUCCAGAAUCUUUGUCUCAUACUCCUAUGGAUAAUCAAGAUGUGAUUAUGGCUAUGGCUGUGGAAGCUGCGUUGAAAUGGAACAGAAGGGAGAAAAGGCAGAUGAGAAAGUUGCAAAGGGCUGUUCGAGAGAAGGAUAGGGAGCGUGCGUCGCUUAAGAGAAAGAAGGAGGACAUGGUUGCUAAGGAAGCCGCCAAGCAAAAAGUUGUUGAUGAGUUCAUGCCCUUCUUUGUUGCAAUUGCGAAUAACGACAUGGAGACUGCCCAGAAUUUUGACGAAACAGCUAUGAUGAAUACUAUUCGCACUACGUUGAACGAUGGCGAAGGUCACGCCGGCCACAAUGCCGAUUAAAAAGAAGCAUGAAGGAAAGCAAAUUUAGAACUAGUUUCUUUGCAUGAAAAACCAGUGGCUUAUGGAUGUUUUGUUUAUUUUGGGAGUUCAGGACUGUUUGAUGUUUCUUCGCUUUUUUUGGUCUCUUCUAUGUUUUUCUUUUUGUGGGGUCAUAAUGUUGUCUCUUCUAUAUUGUAGUUCUCGAAAUAAGAGAAUAAAUAAAAUAACAUUCUGAAAACGUGCCCUUAGUUGUUCUUUUAUUGAUCUUAAAAGGGUUAUUUGAGAUUAUUUCAGACGUUGACCAAGAAAAGCCUAAGAGAUAAUGGUGAAAAAAAGAAGAGAGGCAGAAGCUUGAUGAAGAUGGUCAUGGGGCAAGGGAUCAGACAGAAUAUAAAGUUUCUGGGUCUUUUGCAAGAACAAAAGGAGAUGAGGUAAAGCUAUAUGCAAUAAAUGGGCAUAGGUAGAUUCACAUGUGAAAUUCUUGUUGUGGAUUGCUUUGCUGCCUUUCAACACAAAGCUUCAGAUAUUGAACUAGUAUCUUUGUAAUUGCUUUGCUUAUGGUGGUGAAAUUUUGGUUACUUGCCACAGGGUUUUCCACUUAUAAAUCUUUGGUGUGCUUCGACUUUUCUGCUGAUUUGUUGUUUUGGGGUCAACUGAUUUGGUUGGAUCUGUCAGUAAUCUGUAAAUCUUGUGCUGAUUUAUUUUCUGGGUAUCAUUGUGUUGGAAUUUCAGUUUUGAGGUGGUUCAAUAGAACCCAACAAGAUACUGCUCCCAAAUGCAGUUUUCUCAAUAUCAGAGGAAAAUGUUAAAUCUGCAAAGAAAUUAUGGUGUGUUGAAUCUCUUGGCCAACUAUCUUCAAUAUCCUUGAUGGGAAAUCCAAUGGUUUCACUGUUAAAACUUUGAAUUCUCAUGUUUAGAAGCUAUAUACAUAUAACUCUAUCAUGAAAUUUGUUUCUUGAAUUGGCCUCCCAUUAAAGUUUAUUGAAAAUUUCUUAACCCGGUCUAAAUUUGGUGCUAUAUGCACUUGGAGGGUUCAUGGCAAGAACUAUUCAUGCUACAUUUGACUGGAAUUUGAGUACGAGAAUCACAUCUAAUACAAUUCUGUUUAGUGUUA